UAGGGUAGUGGGUUAAUAUAAGAAUUAAGGUUCUGGGAAGUAGCCGUUGUUUAGGCAUUUUUGCGAGGUAUUUGGGGGGGUGUGAAUGGUGGAAUUGGGAUUUUCUGGGGUUCAUAUAGGUAGAUAAAGUGGGGAUGGGCUUGAUUUGUCCCGGUUCGCCUGGAAAGGGGAAGAAUUGUCUGGGGUUGACAUUUUUGUCUGUAUGUGUGCGGACUUGUGCAAUGGGGCUCGUGAAGAUGUUUAGAUUGCUGGGGAGUAUUUAUAUUGUAACUACGUUCCUCCUGGAAUUUCGAUGAUAGAUAGAGUGCGACAGUGACGAUGCGUAAAUCAAUUGUGAGCCUGCUCUUCGCGGCGGCGACUUCAUUUCUACCCCAAGUCGCAGGCCAAUCGACAUUUCGAAACCCCGUCAUCUACGAGGAUUUCCCCGACAACGAUAUAUUCGUCGGACCGGACGAUGCCUUCUAUUUCUCCGCGUCCAACUUCCACUACAGCCCCGGCGCGCCCAUCCUGAAGUCCUUUGACUUGGUCAAUUGGCAGGUCAUCGGGCAUUCCAUACCAAAACUGGACUUUGGCGAUAGGUACGACCUGACGACGAAUGAGACAGCAUACCGGGGCGGUACCUGGGCGUCUACAUUGCGAUAUCGCAAGAGCAACAAGACUUGGUAUUGGAUUGGAUGCACGAAUUUCUACAAUUCGUGGGUGUUCACCGCGCCUUCUGUCGAAGGUCCGUGGACGAAGAGCGCACUCAUUGGUGGGGGAAUCUGUUAUUAUGACAAUGGGUUACUGAUCGACGACGACGACACGAUGUAUGUCGUCUACGGCAACCCACAGGUUAGUGUCGCGCAGCUCGCGAAGGAUGGAUUAAGCCAGGUUAAGAGCGUCAAUGUGCUGAACGCGACACAAGUUGGUGCUGAGUGGAUCGAGGGAAACCGUUUCUACAAGAUCAAUGGCACCUACUACAUCCUGAACGACGAGCCUGGGAGCACGACGUACAUAUGGAAGUCGAAGAGUCCGUGGGGACCGUACGAGGCCAAGAUGCUGGUCAAAAACAUCAAGACACCGCUCGAAGGCGGCAGCUCGCCGCAUCAAGGUAGCAUAGUCCAGACGGCCAGAGGUGAUUGGUACUACAUGUCGUUUACGUGGGCAUAUCCGUCGGGCAGAUUGCCCGUGCUGGCACCUAUCAAAUGGGGUAGUGAUGGCUUCCCAUACCUAGUCAAUGGCACGAAUGGCGGUUGGGGAGAGUCGUACCCGAUGCCGCUACCAGCUCGUCCGUUGACGAAUUGGACGACUACCUACAAGUUCGACGGAAAUGCUCUUCCUCCAACCUUUGAAUGGAAUCACAAUCCGGAUAACAGCAAGGUCGCUCUGAAGAAUGGCCUGACGCUGUCCACUGCAACCGUCACAGACGAUUUUUACCGCGUUCGCAACACUCUCACCCAUAGAAUCCAUGGCGAGUAUCCAAGCGGGACAGUGGAGCUUGACUUCUCCAAAAUGGCCGAUGGGGACCGGGCAGGUUUGGCCGCUUUCCGCGAUCGUAGCUCCUACAUUGGCAUCCACCGAGAUGGAGACAAAUUCACGCUCAACGCAAAGUUCAAUAUGACCAUGGACGAGUACGGAGGGCCUACGAUCGACAAUGGCCAGAUCGUUGGUACUGCGGAGGUACCGAAGGGAUCGAAGAAGAUCUGGCUGCGGACGGAGCUCGACGCCAGGCCGAACGGCACCAACGACGCCAAGUUCUUCUACAGCACGGAUGGGAAGAAGUUUGUCCAGCUCGGUGGCACGUACAAGCUGUAUACUGGAUGGGCGUUCUUCCUGGGUUAUCGACACGGUAUCUUCAAUUAUGCUACCAAGGCCUUGGGCGGGUCGAUCAAGGUUUUAUCUUUUACGUCUGCGUAGAGACCAGAGUAAGU